GCACAUUCCGUGUCCUACACUCUCACUGUCAACAGGUGUAUCAGACAUGUCCAUGUUCAGCAGUUUGCCUGACCUCCGCCAGAUGGCGCUUCAUCAAAAUGGCCGCCCCCUGCUUGACGUCACGCCUCGAUACGAACCAUUCAAGACGACAGGAGAAAUUCGGGAGGAGAAGAAGGAAAACUUUCGGUUCGGCUGGUUUGGUUUCACGCCGGAUUUCCUACAAGUCUUCAACACUUCAAGAUGGCUGCUCUUCUUCGUGGGUGUUGCUGGUGCCCUUGAGUGUACCUCAAAUUUUGGGUUCAUUCCCGGCAUCAUUUCUACAUUGGAAAGACGAUUUGAGAUGUCAAGCUCCAGGAGCGGCUUCAUCGUCAGUUCCUACCAGAUCUUUGCCCUUAUAACUGUGCCUUUCAUCACACACAUCGCCGGGAAAACACACAAGGGGAAGUGGCUUGGUGCGGUAACACUGUUAUACGGGAUUGGUUGUUUCCUAUUCGCCUCGCCACACUUCUUAACAGGGCGUUAUGAAGCCCCGGGCAGUUAUGCAACAAACAUGACCGCUUCCCAGACAACCAACACUUUGUGUCAACCCUCUAGCAACGGUAGUGUUCCUGAACAAUGCACUACCAAAACUACCCAAAGCUUUAGCGAACUCAGCAACUACCUGUACGUGUUCGUGGUUGCUCAGUUCUUUCUCAGUCAGUGCGGAGGUUCCCUGUUUACCGUGGGAAUCGCCUUCAUGGACGAGAACGUCAAGAAAAAAGUCUCUGGUCUCUACGUGGCUAUAAUGUUCACGACUGUGUGCAUUGGCCCAACCAUCGGAUACGUAAUCAUUGGCCGACUUCUGAGCCUGUAUGUGGAGUGGCCAAGCGAGGAUGGAUACUCGGCCGGGCUGACCCCAAUGGACCCUCGGUGGAUCGGGAACUGGUGGUUGGGGUUCCCUGUCCUGGGUACACUGGGGAUCCUGGUGGCCAUUCCUCUAUUUGGUUUUCCUCGCAAACUACCAGGUAAAUACAAGCUGCCGACGAAGACAGCCGAAUGUGACGUCACAAAAGCCGAUGACGAUGAUGAAACCCUGUCAAUCAUCGGCAAGAUCCGCCCAGCUCUGACAGACCUGUUCAAGUCGCUACUGGACCUGGGGAGAUCUUAUUCUUAUGUGCUGCUGACUGUUGGAGUUUCCUUCGACGCAAUGUCAAGCUCUGGUAUAUUCGCCUUCGCUCCCAAAGUUUGUGAGAUACUCUUUGGCCUCCCAGUGACAUCAUCGGUAUUGUACUUUGGGUUGUCCAUGAUCCCUGGCUUUGCGAUCGGCUCUUUGUUGGGCGGUUGGAUCAGCAAGAAAAUCGGCGUAGACUGCAAAAAACUGCUCCGACACAUCCUCACCAUCUACACCAUAGCUGGGAUGGGAAUUUUCGUGUACCUGAUGUAUUGCAGAGAGCCGCAAAAGGCUUACGCACAGCUGAACAGCGGGUAUCACAAUGAAGAAUUGUACCAGUGCUUCUUUGCUGAUUGUAUGCCUGUGUGCAUUAGCAUGACCUGUGCUACUGAGUGCGGCUGCGCAGACAGCCUGUACGACCCGGUGUGUGGCGGGAACGGUGUGGAGUAUCAGUCUCCCUGUCAUGCCGGCUGUGCCGCUAAAAACCACACAACUAUGGUGAGUAUCAGUCUCCCUGUCUACUCCAACUGUAGCUGCAUCACAAGUUCCCGGAUGCAGGACAACACCACUGCCUACGUCACAACAGGCGUGACGUCUACUGCCACCCAUGGCGCAUGCGCACGGGACUGUGCGGCCUACAGUGUGCCCCUGUUCUUCACAAUCCUGUUCCUGAUGGGGAUGAUCGGCGCCCUGGCCGCUCCAUCCUACAUGGCUGCUACCCUCAGGCUUGUUCCCCCCAGACAUAGGGCGUUUGGACUAGGAAUGCAGCGGUGCUUGAUCCGAAUCAUCGGUACUAUACCGGGCCCCAUGAUAUACGGCUACGCCAUGGACAACGCAUGCGUACAGUGGCAGACCUCCUGCGGCCAACGAGGUGCCUGUCUGGUUUACGACAGCCGCAAAGUGGGUCUGUUCGUGUUUGGGCUCGCCUUCGGGCUGAGGAUUCUGGGUGCAAGUAUCAUCGCUCUUUCCUAUCUGGUAUACAAACCGAACGUUGAAGAAGAGAAAUUCGACAACGCCGAUGAUACAAAGUUUACCAAUGGUGAUGUGAAAGAAACAAAGUAAAAGGAAACAAACUAAGGCCACAGCUAGUAAUUUUUAUGGAUGACAUUAGC